UUCACAUUCGCAGAGUAGUUCGCGGAGCCGACAGGAGUGGAGUUCGCCGAGUCCUUCGGCCGCCGCUACAAGGCCAGGCCGGUGCCGGCGCGGCCAUGCCUCCGGACGAGAGCCGCAUCCAGGAGCUCGACCUGCGGCAGCUCAACACCACCGGCAGGGACGAGCGGCUGGACGACAAGGCCAACACCUUGUCGCUGAUCCGUCGCCAAGGGGUCCGCCGCAUGACCCACGUGUACUGCAACCACGACGCCGCCUGGAGCCUGGACGUGCUGCGCGGCGCGGCCGCCACGCUGGAGGAGCUGGACCUGUGGUACCCGCGCGCGGAGCACCUGGGCGUGGUGCACGCCAUGCCGCGGCUGCGGCGCCUGCGCCUGUGCCACGACGACACCCUGGCCAAGCAGUACCCCGGCGCGCUGCCCGCACUGCCGCAGCCCAGCAGCCUGCAGUGGCUCGGCCUCAACGGCCUGCCCCGCGGCACGGUGGAGUCCCUGCUGCGCGCGCACGGCGCGGCGCUCGACGAGCUGUGGCUGCUGGUGGGCACGCCGGGCGGCGCCGAGUGGCCCAAGGAGUGCCGCGACCUGCACGGCCUGCUGGGCCGCUGCGGCGUGCGCGCCGCGCGCCUCGUGCUCCGGCGGUACUGGGUGUCGCACGAGAAGGCCGCCUGCCGCAAGCAGCUGGACGCCGUGCGCCGCGCGCUGCCCGCCACCCUCGUGCAGUGCAGCAUGUGCGACAAGGUGCCCCUCGAGGACGUGUAG